AUGGAAGCGAUCCCCAUUGAAUCCCCAUACAGAGCUGUUUCCCUGCGGCUGCAGGAAAAGCCGUACACAGAACACAGGGUGUGUGUCUACGUCUACGGCAAAAGCCGCAUCCCACUGCCUUCAGUCGGGCUGUCGAUCCAUGCUCUGUUCCCAGGGGCCACUGCAUCAGUUCAGCCGAACAGAGGAUGGAGACAGAAACCAGCGCCUGAGAAGGAGAUGCUGAGGCUGAAGCAGGUGAAGGAGUGGGGGCGGUGA